AUGUUCGACAGAAUGUUCAAGAAGAUUAAGGCUAAACAAGAUGCUGAAGAUCUGAUGGACGAAGACUACCAAGAACACGAAUGGAUAACUGCCAAUGAGGACAUGGACUAUGAAGACGAAUAUGAGUCUGAACUAGACGAUGAAGAAACCAAGCAAAUGUUAGACGAACUGGCAGCUGAGUUAGUGGAACUUGGAAAACCAGACAAAGAAGAAGUUCUGUUCGAAUUUGAUGACGACACACAAGAAGAUGUGGCUGUUGAAUCAGAAGAGGAAGAUGGUGUCGCUCGCGCAGGAGUGAGAUUCGCGGACACAGAUGAUAAUGAGUCCGACACCAAAGGAAUUGUAAGAAGCUACAGUGACGACAGUGUCGAAGUUGGAGCGAAACGGGUACUUCGCCCAAGACACAAUCGAUCCUACUUCUCACAAGGGGUAAAAAUGAGACCCACUGAGAGAUACAGAAGAGAGAAAUCAAGAUUUGGAUAG